UCAACAGGACCAGGGGGGUGUCCAGGUGGAGUUGAGGAGUAUAAGUGAGGAGGACGCCUCCUGUUCAUCCUCACACCAACCAGCUCCCAGCUGACCUUCUUCUGCUGCUCCGUGGCCUCCUCUUCCUCUACAGUUCUCCACCAUCAUGGCGUCUCUGUGGCUCCAGUCCGUGUCUCUACUGGUCUUACUGGUCUGGUCGUGUCCCGGCUCUCAGGCGGCCGCCGGCCCUCAACACCUGUGUGGGUCUCACCUGGUGGACGCCCUGUACCUGGUCUGUGGGGAGAGGGGCUUCUUCUACAACCCCAAGAGAGACGUGGACCCUCUGAUGGGUUUCCUGCCUCCGAAAGUGGGCGGAGCCUCUGCAGCGGCUGGCGGAGAGAACGAGGUGGCGGAGUUUGCCUUCAAGGACCAGAUGGAGAUGAUGGUGAAGCGAGGCAUCGUGGAGCAGUGCUGCCACCGGCCGUGCAACAUCUUCGACCUGCAGAACUACUGCAACUGAGCAGCCUAGCUUAGCCUAGCUUAGCUUCCUGGCUAACUUCGGAGGAGCGUUUUCUGCAGAAAAUUAAGAAGUGGAUGAAAUUAUUUUUCCUACAAAAUAAAGUUUUGUGAAUUAAGAUUAUA